GGUUGCGGUUUCCUUAUUAAGAUAUGGCCCCGUCAUGAUCGCGAUAACGAUGAGUUUAAAUCGGGAUUGAAUUUCGUGAUUCAGUCGUUCCUACAGCUUAUUGACGGCAUUUCAGAAAAUCAGAUCUAGUAAACGACAUGUUGCCAGUGGCAGUAGUUUUGUUGGGGCUCCUGAGCACUUCUUACGGAGCCCUGCAGUUAAAGCCGUACAACGAGACGGCGCUCAGUAUGUUUCUGGCCAAUGACUUCAACCACGAUGGCGUCAUCACCUUGGUCGAACUCGAGUCAAGCUUUGACAAAUACGACGCAAACGGCGACGGGAUUGAGUCCCGGCACGAGUACACGGAGUACAUCUGCGCGGUGUCGCCGAGCCUGUACCAGCUGUCCCACUGGCUCUUCGACGACUACGACUUCAACCACGACCACCACCUCACUAAGCAGGACUACGACAGUCUGUUUGCGGUGAUGGAUGCUAACCAUGAUGGGAAUGUAACCCCAGAUGAAUUCAUAGUAUACUGGGAAAGGAUUUUCCCCAAAUAUGAAACGUCCGGUCAGCACGGUCAGCAUUUUGCCCACGGAAAUUCUGCUUGUCACUAAAAUGGCUUUGCAACGUGUGAAAAUUCUUCAUAAAGGUGGCCUCUUGUAGAAA